AUGGCGACACCGUUUCAUUUCCAGCCGUUACCUAUCCCAACGCAAUCACAGCCUUCGGCCGGGAACAACUCAUUCUGGCCGACAAUCCAGCAGCAGCAGACCCAGGCAGCAUCACCCCCCUCCACCCAGCCUCCCUCAUCCACUCCUGCAGCUCCCCCAUCGUUCGCCGUGCCUUCCGCCGCUCCGAUGUUCCCCGCGCCUACCGCUGCGCCCUUGGCCGCCGUCCCUUCCGCUGCGCCGAUGUUACCCGCACCGCAUGCUGCUGGGCCUGGGUCGUCGCAGGCUCUUAUGGACGCGCUGAACCUUCUACAGCAGAAUAUCGGCGCGCUGCAGUCGCUGAUUCCGCUGAUGUCGCAGCAGCCACCGAUCUCAACCACUCCAGAUCAACUCCAGCAGCAGCAGGCUGCAGCAUCCGUCGGCGUCGCCUCCGUGAUCUCACAACUUGCCGUCGCAGCUGCGAACAUACUCCCGCAAGCCGGACUCUCCCCUCCCAUCAACCCAGCGUUUGCGCGAUGCAGCGGUUUCGUGCCCUCCCCGCUUCUGGCGCCUGACAACGCGGGGCCGUCUAAUCCUUUAUCGGUUUUUGCUUUUGUGGGUACAAAUCCACGACCUGUGGUUCAGCAACAGAUGCAGCAACCGCAGCCGCAGCCGCCGCCGCAGCAGCAGUCCCAGGAGCCGGAACAACAGCAGCAGCCGCCGCAGCAGCUGCAGCCGCAACCGCAGCCGCAGUCACCAGCAGCGCCGGUGGUGAACGAGCCAUGGCGACCAGCAGCGCUAACGCCAACUGAGCAAUGCGCUGUUGCGGCUCCCGAACCCAAGCUCUUCGGAAAACCGCUACUACCUCAGAAGCGAAAGGUCGAGGAAAUUGCGUUUGACGCCGCUAACGCCGAAGUCGGACCGUCUCACGCGUCGAAGAAAUUAGUUCCCGCGCAGAACGCUAAGGUUCCUGGCGGUGUAAACGGGUGUGCUUCUAUCGCGGAUGCGGGUUUGGACGAGGAGAAUGAUGAGGAGUCGCCGCUUCCGGAGGGAACGUUCGACAUUAUCGAGAUGGACCCUGUGGAGCUGCUUGCGGAGCACACCCACUUCUGCGAGAUCUGCGGCAAAGGAUUCAAGCGAGACGCCAACCUCCGCAUGCACAUGAGAGGCCAUGGCGACGAGUACAAGACGCCAGAAGCCCUUGCCCGUCCCGACAAGCACCUCGCAAACGUUGCCCAGCGCCCGAAACGUUUCAGCUGCCCGUUUGUUGGCUGCAAGCGCAACAGUCAGCAUCAGCGCUUCCUCCCGCUGAAGACGAUGCUGUGUGUGAAGAACCACUACCGCCGCACCCACUGCCCCAAGAUGCUCGCAUGCUCCAAGUGCGGUGCAAAGCGGUUCUCGGUGGUGGCGGACCUCAAGACCCACGAGAAGCACUGCGGGCGCGACCGCUGGCUGUGCUCCUGCGGCACGUCCUUCAGCCGCAAGGACAAGCUGCUCGGCCACCUCGCCCUCUUCAAGGGCCACCGCCCCGCCAACCCCUCCCUCACUGCUGCCGACGACGGCCCUGCAGGCCCCAUUGAUGAUGGUACAAGAGUUGAAGCUCCUGCGAUUGCUGGGCCUUCAGUGCCUGCUCCUCCUCAGGUGAUGGAAAGGGAGAGGGAAGUGGUGGUGUAUCAGCAGGGGACUCCGGCUCAGCUCACUCUUGGCCGUGCUGCUGCUCCACCUGCUGCUCCUGGGGUUCAAGGCACUGCACCUAAUGGCUUCAUAAGCAUUGACUGCGGGUACCAGGGGCAGCCGUACCCCUCUCCUGUCGGCUUCACCUGGCAGCCCGACCCCCCCACUGUCCCCGGCACGCCUGCUGUCAUCACCCGCAUCUCGCCUGACGCGGGAAACGGGCGGCCGUACCCCUCUCCCCUCAACUUCACCUGGCAGCCCGAUCCCCCCACCGUCCCCGGCACGCCUGCUGUCAUCACGGGGAUCUCUCCAGAAGCAGGAGACGUGAGGCUGACCACGGAGCUGCCGUUAUCUGGCCGUUACCUGGUGCGCCUGGCCUUCUGGUACAAGAACUACGAUGGCAAGAAUUCACCGCCUGUGUUCAACGUUACCAUAGGGCCCGGAUCAGCAGGACAGGUGGACCUGCGUUCUAUAGGCGACACCCUCUACACGAUUGAAGCCAUCGCGACAGUGAGGGACGCGGCCAUGCCCAUCUGCCUGCAGCGGGUGGGGGACGCCCCCCCCAUCAUCAACGCCAUCGAGAUCCGCCCGCUGCCGCCGCUCUCCUACAGCUACCAGCAGCUCAAGGCGGAUGUACUGCUGGUGUGGUGGCGCUUUGCUUGUGGCGACAGCCCUGUCCGAGACCAGACUUUCAGGAAGCCCCCUCCUCCCACCCUACCUGCCCCGCCCAUCAUCAACGCCAUCGAGAUCCGCCCGCUGCCGCCGCCCUCCUACAGCUACCAGCAGUUGAAGGCGGAUGUGCUGCUGGUGUGGUGGCGCUUUACAUGCGGGGACAGCCCUGUGAGGGACCAGACUUUCAGCUACCAGGAGCCAAAGGCGGACGUGCUCGUGGUCUGGUACCCCUCGGACCCUGCUGACCGCAUAUGGCAGAUCGACGGCAGCACUAGGUACCCCUCGGACCCUGCUGACCGCAUAUGGCAGAUCGACGGCAGCACUCAGUUAGACCACUGGGACGUGCAACCAUCCACCCGCACACAGCUGGUUACCAUCAAUCGGGUGCUGCAGUCUGCUCGCACGGUGCUAGCGCCGCCAGCGCUGGCGAAUAGAGGCGGGUUGGAAAUAGUCCAGUUGUUUGAGGAGGCACCGGCGGUGGGAGGGGGAGAUGUGGCGGCGCUAGCGUGUGUGAAGACACAGUUUGGGGAACCUGCUGCUAUGGAGGAGUGGGUGGGGGACCCGUGCUACCCUGUGACGUGGCCGGGCGUGCAGUGCAGCUUCAGUGCCAAUGCCACUGCUGUCAUUGGCCUGGACCUGAGUCACUCUGGUCUCUCCGGCUCCAUCCCUGCCUGCAUUUCCAACCUCUCCUCGCUCUCCGCUCUCACGCUCAACGACAACAGCCUCACAGGCGACAUCCCCUCAUGGCUUGGUUCCCUCUCGAACCUCCACUCCCUCAAGCUGGGAGACAACCAGCUGGUUGGCAGUGUGCCGAUGUCGCUCUUACAGCUGCCCGAAUUCCUGCACCUCGAUCUCAGCAACAACAACCUCACAGGGCCGUUUCCUUUCAACGCUACUGUCAGCAUCGAUAUCAAUAAGCAGUUCUCGCUCUACUCUUUCUCCCUUGUCUCUCCCUAUCUCUCCCUCCUGUAUCUCCCGUUCCCCUAUCUUCUCCCCCUUCUCUCCUCCCCACUCCUCGCUCCUCCCCUCUUCUUUCCUUCCUCCCUUCGCUCCUCUCUCUCCCUUUUAUGCCGCAUCAAGAGCCGCAACUACCUCUGCCAACCAGAUAGUGCCUUCAACUUUGCACUCCCCCCCUUUCCUCCCUCUGUGCCUCCUCCCUCUGUGCCUCCUCCCUCUGUGCCUCCUCCCUCUGUGCCUCCUCCCUCUGUUCCCCUUCCUUCUGGCAACAACUACCUCUGCCACCCAGACAGGGCCUUCAGCCUUCCUGCCUGCUCGGGCAAUGGCCUUCCAAUCACCUCCCUCUCUCCCUCCUCCCCCUCCUCCUCCUCCUCCCCUCCUCCCUCCGACUCCUCCUCCGACCCGGCCAUGAGUACUGUGGCGCUGGUUUUCCUCGUUUUAGGCAUAAUCCUGGGCAUCUGUAUAGUCGCAGCGGCGACGUUUGUCCUGUGGCGCUGGCAGAAAAUGCAGCGGGCCCGGCGGGCAGCAGAGGCGUAUACUGGGGGGGUGGGACUGGAUGGGGAGGAGAAGGGAGGGAAGGGGGGGAGCGGAGAGGGGAAAGGAGGGCUGGGAGGGUGGGAUGAGGAAGGGAAAGGCGGAGGAGGGGGAGGAGGAGGAGGAGGAGGAGCGGGAGGGUAUGAUGGGAAAAGGCAAGGGGAGGCGUUAUUGGGGCAUGAUCAGGUGGGUUUGGUGCAUGUAGUGAUUGACGGGAAUGGGGAGAAAGGAGGAGAUGGAAAAGUAGCAGCAGCAGCAGCAGCAGCAGCAGGGGCAGCAGGGGCAGGGGUAGGAGCAGGAGCAGCGGGAGGAGGGGGAGGGGGAGGAGCAAUUAAGGAUCAGUCUUUAUCUGCUGAAACACCUGCAGGAAUGCCAGUAGCAGGUGCAGCAUUAGCAGCUGCACCAGCAGCACCGGCAGCAGCAGCUGCAGCAGCGGCAGCAGCAGCUGUCGACUCGAUGAUCCUCUUUGUCUCUCCAGGCUCCCACGUGCGGCGCUUCUCCCUCGCAGACCUAGCAGCAGCAACCGCCAACUUCCACCCCUCCCACAUUAUUGGCUCGGGCGGGUUCGGACCCGUGUUCAAAGGUAUUCUCCCUGAUGGGAGAAUGGUGGCGGCUAAGAAGCGCGACGAGGACUCGUUACAAGGCGAGAAGGAGUUUUAUAACGAGGUGGACCUGCUGUCGCGCGCCCGCCACCCAAAUCUCGUGGAUUUGAUUGGAUUCUGCCGGGAGAGCGGGCAGCAGGUGCUGGUGUACGAGUUCAUGCCGCAUGGGACCGUGCGGGAUCAUUUAUAUGACUCCAUUGGGAAUCCGUUGGGGCACCUGCGCUGGCUGCAACGGCUUCAUAUUGCUCUCAACGCUGCCAGAGGAAUCGAGUAUCUGCACACGGGCAUGACCCCCCCCAUCAUCCACCGGGACAUCAAGACCAGCAACAUUCUUCUUGAUGCCAACCUGAGAGCCCACGUGGCUGACUUUGGACUGUCCAGGGAGGGCUCUGUGAGCCGCACGCAUGUGUCAACAAAUGUCAAGGGCACAGCAGGCUACCUCGACCCCGAGUACUACACGGUGCAGCAGCUGACCGACCGCAGUGACGUGUUCAGCUUUGGAGUCGUGCUGCUGGAGUUGAUUUCCGGUCGCCAGCCAAUCGACCUGAACCGGCCAAGAGACGACUGGAGCAUUAUUGACUGGGUGCGGUCGCGGCUGCAGCAAGGGCAGAUAGAAGCUAUUAUAGACCCGACCCUCUCCCCCUCCGAAUUCGACAUUGAGGUCAUGUGGCGCGUGGCAGAGGUGGGCGUGGUGUGCGUCGAGCCGAAAAGCUUCAACCGCCCGAGCAUUUCAGACGUUUGCUUCGAGUUAAACCACGCCAUCCAGCUUGAGGCGGCGGCUGGCCACCCGCCGCCCGGUUUGGGCCACUCGAAUAUCACGUUUGCGAGCAGCGGGGAGGGGAGCAGCAGCAGCGGAUUGGGGGGAAGUCAGGGGUUGAUGAGUGCAGGGGAUGGGAGCAGCAGCGGGACCGGGACCGGGAGUGGGAGUGGGGGGGUGGGAGGAGGGAAUGGGAGCAGUAAUGCGGCCAUACCUGUGUCAUAUCAACCUGGGGCGAUGGAAGGAGGAGGGGUGGGUUCUGCUGCUGCUGCUAUUGUUGUCAUUCCUGGCACGGAUGCAAGCGCAAAUGCCCCCAGCCUUCCUCCACCUGCCUUCACCACAGCAGCAGCACCAGCAGGGUCACGUGUAUUCUCUCUGACUGCUUGUGAGUAUGUUGAGGUGUUUCAACAGCAAGCCAUGGCCCGUAGUGGAGUGGACUGCUGUUGA